CGUAAGGGCGUGGUGCUUGGCCAUCUGACCGGCUUGGCGGGUUUUGAUUGGCUGUGCCGGUUUCACAACGCCGAGUGUCGGCGCGGUAGGUCACGUGACAGCAUCUGCUGCUGCUGGCUGAGCGAAGCGUGUUAGCAGAUUUUUCUAUUUUGUACAUACAUUGUUUUGUAUAUACUGUAUAUGAUGACUUCACUGGUCAGCAAUCAAGCCCGGGGUACUCGGGACAAAACGCUGCCAACCACCACACAAACAACACAGCAACAGAAACAGAUACAGGCCACAGCAGAACAGAUUCGUUUAGCCCAAGUGAUUUAUGACAAAAACGAUGCUGAUUUUGAAGACAAAGUCAAACAGCUGAUUGAGGUCACUGGAAAGACUCAAGAUGAGUGUAUGGUAGCCCUCCAUGACUGCAAUGAAGAUGUAAACAGAGCCAUCAAUUUCCUGCUGGAGAGCACCUCUGACACAACCUCUUGGGAGACUGUAGGAAAGAAGCGCAGCCUUGGGAAAGAAGGAGGACCUUCAGAGAUAAAGGAGAGCAGAGAGAAGAAGGGAGAGCGGGAGGCCAGUCGUGGGCGUGGAGGGUCCACCAGAAGGGGCAGAGGCAUCAGCCGAGGACGUGAGGGUCGGUCAGAGGAGAAUGGAUUUGACGUGGCUCCUGGUGAGAGAGGAGGAGACCGUGGACGCAGGGGACGCGGUAGAGUUGCAGGGGUUCGUGGCAGAGGAAGAGCAGCUGUUGGUAACAGGUUCUCUUCGCAGGGAAUGGGAACCUUCAAUCCUGCCGACUACUCUGCUAACGCUGGAGCUCGCCAGGAGGCAUGGGAAGGAGAUGGCAACGAAGCUGCUGAGGAAGCUGGGACAUGGGGAGGCAACCCAGAAGACUGGAGUUCAGAAGACUGGAAUGAAGAUUUAUCUGAGACCAAAGUAUUCACUGCCUCUUCUGCCCCAAAAAAUCACAUCACACCUGGAAACAAUGUGGACCUGGCUGGCAUACUUCCUAAGGCUGGAGUGGGUGUAGGGAGUUCUGUGGACUCCGAUUUGGGGGCGAUAGUCGAUGGCCCUGCACCUGAGGAUUUAGGCCAAAGCCUGGUGUUUACCAAUUCACAUCACAAUGGACGCACUGCAACACACAGCUACGCACAUGCCACAGCCAACAGCUAUGCCCAUGCUGCUUCUGGCAGUACCACCUACGCACACGCUGCACUGUCCUCAGUCCUAGGUUCUGGUUUUGGGUCCCUGAAUGCAUCCAAGCAGGCACCUGCCCCUGACAUCCGGACAUCAGAGCAGCUGAAUGGGCCUCGGCUUGGUCAAAGAACCAGUCAGAUGUUGGCCACCACCAGCAAUAGCAGCAUUUCCAAAGACCAAGGGCAGUCUCCAAUGCAAGCUCCUGCUCCUGCCCCCUCUCCCUCUGCAGACAACAAGGCUCAAAGACUGGAGAAUGGCUCUGUUACUGCCCAACACUCGGAGAUGAAGCUUCAGCCAGAGCCAUCAGUGGUGCUCAGCCAGCUGGCUCAAAGGCAACAGCAGUCCACAAUCCUUCCCACCACAGAGCCUUUGGGCCUUGUCCAGGCACAUGCUCCACAGGCCCCCACACCACCAGGUCAUGAGUCGUCUGUCCCUCCUGUAAGAGACAGCGCUUCUCCAGGAGUGAAGUUGCCAGGCAUGGAGCCUUUGACCACAGAGCCUCCUCAGCGCCAAAUAAAGACACAGAGACGCAGAGCAGCUCCUCCCUCAAAAAUUCCAUCGUCAGCAGUGGAGAUGCCGGGAUCGGCAGAUGUGUCUGGUCUUAAUGUUCAGUUUGGAGCUCUAGACUUUGGGUCUGAGGCUAGCAGUGGAACAUCAGAUAUGGUACCAACUGAGCUGGCCAGGGAACACACGCCUGUUCAGGCCCCAACAGCCAUGCCAGUUCCUACUGCUAUUCCCACACAGCCGCCUCAGAAUAGCCUGUUCUCUAAGCCAGGAGCUGUGAGUGAACACAUGAGCAGCUUAUCUUCUGUAACGGACCCCAACUUCCCUUCACCCUCUUUGGGGUUACCUAGUGCCACGCCCUCACCCUCCCUUGGUCUCCCCAGUGCUGCUGCGCCACCCUCCUCUUCAGCCCCAACCACAGUCAGCCGGGUGGAGAGCAGCGUCCCGAGGUCCCUGCCCCCUCAUCUCGGAUUCUCACAGAGCAAAGAUGUCCCAUCGGCUCCUGGUGGGCCUCUGACGAAUGGUUACACUGGUAUGAAGACGCAGAGCACACAAGACGGCACAGCAUCAUCUAGGACCGUGAAAACUGAGUCUCCCAUUAUGACAAGUGACAGCAGCCCUGGCCACCACAUCCCUUCUCCUGCAGUUACAGCUUCCCACUCAACAUCCAUCUCAUCGCUCAGCAGUCACACAAGCAGUACGCACUCAUCUGGGUCGACCCUCUCUACGACUUCCUCCCUGACGGUAAACAGAUGCUUAACAAGUAACGAGGAGAGUAGCAGCGGAAACAUCCAUGCCUUUUCUUCGUCAUCGUCCAGCCAGGUUGUUAAUCCCAAUCCUUCAGCUCCCCCCGUUGUCAGUAAUUCUGCCACCAAUGGUCUGCAUCCAUCUGGAGCACCGGGACUAAUUCCAAAUGGCACGAACACCACACUCUCAGCUGCCGGCAGCCGCGCAGCACCCCUGCUCACCACCACCUCCGGUAAAGCUCCUCCCAACUUGGCCCAAGGAGUGCCACCUCUCCUGACCAACCAGUACAUCAUGGGCCCUGGUGGAUUGCUCCCUGCAUAUCCGCAGAUAUAUGGAUAUGAUGAGUUGCAAAUGCUGCAGUCACGUCUUCCUUUGGACUACUAUGGUGUAACAUUCCCUGGUGCUACGACUGCUAUGCCUGGUAGAGAUGGACUUGCUAAUAAUCCAUAUUCAGGUGAAGCAACAAAGUUUGGCAGGAAUGACUCUUCAUCUCCAGCUCCUCCAACCACCCUGUCUACAGCUGGGGUGCAGUCACAGCCCCAGCAGACACAGCAGGCAGGCACACAAGGACAGGGGCAGGGUCAGAGCCAGGGUCAGCAGACACAGAACCAGGCCUUCCUCAACCCCCCUCUGCCUCCUGGCUAUGGAUACACUGGUCUGCCAUAUUAUGCUGGUAUGCCUGGAGUUCCCUCAGCUUUCCAGUAUGCCCCCACUGUCUUUGUGCCUCCUGCCUCAGCCAAGCAGCCAGCAAUGGGCCUGGCCAACCCCUCCAAUCAGUACCACCAACAGCAUCAGCCAAGUUAUGGACAGCACGCAUACGGCACAGCCUUUGAUGACCUAUCUCAAGCCCACGGUGGGGAAUACAGUAAGGCAGGGUACGGAAGCACUGCCCAGUCACAGGCCAAGUCAGCAGGCAGCGGUCCAGGGAAAGAUGAUUCUACAGUCGAGAGCGUCCUGGAGAAAGCACCAGGAUUGUCAGGUUCAGGUACUAGUGGUGGAGUACCGGACAUGGGAGGUUCAAUCUACAGCAAAACACAGUCAUUUGACAAGCAGGGCUUCCACACAGGGACACCACCUCCCUUCAGCCUGCCUUCAGCACUAGGAGGAACGGGGCCCCUGAACCCUGGCGGUGCACCUGGCUACGCCCCUGCACCUUUCCUGCACAUUCUGCCUCCUCACCAACAGCCCCACUCCCAGCUGCUGCACCAUCACCUCACACAGGACGGACAGGGCGGUCCUGGUCAGCGCAGUCAGUCCAGCAGCAUGCAGCAGAAAACCCAAGGCAGCAAGUCCAGCUAUAGCAGCUCUGCAUACUGGGCAAACUGAGGAAUGCUUCCAUAUGUUUUUUUGUUUGUUUGUUUGUUUUGGGGUUUUUUCUCCUCGUCUCCCUGAAAGGCUGCGUGUGUAAAGCUAAAACAGAAAAACAAACACACUACCCUCACAAUGAGCAACCAUGGGCUUCGUUGCCCUGCUCCCCCCACCUCCAAGUCCUCUUAAGUCUUUUGGGUUCUCUCUUCCCCCCCUUUUCAAAAUUGGUUGUACAUGUAAGAUAUUUAUGUAUUUAUAUAUAAAUAUAUAUAUAUAUACUGUAUAUGUAAUAGUAGAACAUAAAAUGUGGUUGCUGCAUUUUAUUUUUGAAGGACUUUUUGUUUACUUUUUUCAAAACUGCAGGAAAAGAUGUUACAUUGAGACAAAAUGAGAUGUUAGUGAGAGAGUGAGUGAAGAAGAAAAACGAUCCAAAACUUCCUGGAAGAAACCAGAAAAAGGAAAAGGAGAGAGCUAUAGCACUGAUUGCAUUUGAGGACACUUCAGAUGGGGGUGGGGUUUAUAAUAACUAACUGCAUCUGUCUCCUCUUUUUUUCUUUUUAUACAUGACUUCCUGAAUGGCCGGGCUCGUCCCUCUGAGCUUCAUUUUGUAGCUUCCUGUCUUUUCCCUUUCUUCUCUCCCUCUCCUCUGGAGAGCUGCCUACUCUCCCGGGGUCACUUUCUUUAAAGAAAGACCUGCCCAUCUAAAUUUUAUAUUUUAAUUUAAUUUUAACCCUCAUUUUCUCGAAAUAAAGUUCUGAGCAGUUGGAAA